AAAUUGCACAGAUCCAAUUGACGAAUAAAGCAGCCCCAUCUAUCGGCACACGUGCGAACCAACAAACAUGGCAGCGCCGAUGAUUCGAAAUUCGAAGUAAUGUUCAAAGAUAGUUUUAAAUAUUAUAAAAGUCGAAAACCUUGUCCAGACUUAAAAGAUGUAAUCGAUUUGAAUAAUCCCGAUUAUAACAAAGUUACUGAUUUUAGGAAGAGGUUACCUGAUGAACAAUGCGAAUAUGAAUUGGGAUUAAGACCAGUAAAGGACUGGGAAGUCUUUGAACUUCGAAGUAUUCCAGGACUUAUUUUUAUAAAAAAUCCAUUUACGACAUACGGACAACGAUAUUGGAUUAUAAAAUGCUUGAAAGAGUACUCUAGAGAGCCACAUAAAUUAAACUUAGAUGCUCAUAAUGUUUUAAACAAAGACGAAAAUUGGUGGGAUAUAUGUUUUGGAAAUUCUGACAAAGGUAAAGAAUUAUUACCAAAAUUAAGAUGGGCAACAUUUGGGUACCACCAUAACUGGGAUACAAAAUUAUAUUCUGAAACAUCCAGGACAAAAAUGCCUACUGAGAUAUCUUUGUUGACCUCAUUUUUAGCACAAACAUUAGGUUUUAAGGAUUUUAAGGCUGAAGCAGCAAUUAUUAACUAUUAUAGAAUGAAUUCAACUUUAGCGGGUCAUACAGAUCAUUCUGAAGUUAAUGUGGAAGCACCCUUAUUCUCUAUAAGUUUUGGUCAAACUGCAAUAUUUUUAAUUGGAGGACUUACACAAGAGGAUGCAGCUAACGCAAUGUUUCUACGGAGUGGAGACAUAAUAGUGAUGUCUGGAAAGUCCCGUCUAAGGUACCAUGGCGUACCAAAAAUUUUACCAACCAUUGAUGCACCAUGGGAUGACAUAGAAAUGAAUGAUAAUAAUCAGCACUGUACAUGGAAUGAGAGUGAUUGGAUCAAAGCAAAAACUUACAUUUCUGAAGCCAGAAUAAAUAUGAAUGUAAGACAAGUGUUGAAACCUGGACAAUUGUCCCUGUUGUAAAAUAUUGUACAAAAUUGACUUGUAUAUUUUUAUUAAAAAUACUUAUAUUAAUUA